CAUAACCAACCACAACAACGCCAGCAUUGGGCUUUGCACCGCACUUGGAGCCUUCAGUUGAGCAGUCGGAAAAGACUUUCAAAAUGAAGGAGACGGCGACAAGAAUUCGGAAGGUUGAAGAGCUGAUUGGGCUCAUGCAGAAAAACUUGGAAUGUUCAAUUUGUCUUGAUUUGUUGAAAAAUCCUGUAUCCACAAAGUGCGACCACCAGUUUUGCAGGUUUUGUAUCACAGAGUUUCUCCACAAGAAGUCAUCUGUACCCUGCCCACUGUGCAAGAAACCAGUCACAAGAAGGAGUCUGAGUGAGCGGCCCAAAUUGGGUGACAUUGUGAGUGGCAUUCGGAGGCUUAUGACAGCCUUCCAUACCGAUCAGGAAUCAUCAGCAAAUCCAUCACAAAGUUCACAGAGUGGUCUCCCUUCAUCAACAGCUGUCACUCUACAGUCUGGCUCUGCAGGUUGUUUUAAAAGAUCUCUAGAGCAACCAAACUCUGCCUCCAUACAGAAUGAUAAGUCUCUCAGGAACCUACGUCACUCCAAGAGAAGAAAGACCGAGGUCACACAUGUGUUUAUUGAUGAUCUCACAGAGCCCUCGGAAGCGGCAGAUUUGGUUCAGACCCAUGUCAAUGUUAGUGGAGGAUUUCCUGCGAGCAGAGUACAUGGUAAAAAGUGCGCUAAGAAAGGCAACGUCGCCUCACGUAAGGUAAAACAGUCAAACAGUGAUGGAGAACUGACCAGUUUACCAAAUCCCACAGAGCAAGCUGAUGAUGGGGAGGGUUCGUGCGAGGUAGAGCUGGUUAGGUACUUAGUGGAAGCUUCCUGUGGCGCACACUCCUCAAGUUCAAAUGUCACGACCCAGAGGUUAGAGGAGGAGGAUCAGGAUGAGUCAGAUGGAGGAUCAGUGUGCAGAGGUAGUUAUGAGGAGGAGGAAAGUGUGCAAAGUGAGUCAAACUGCAAGGAAUUCGGUGACUGCGCUACAGAAGACAGAGAUGAUACCCAUGAUAUUGUACAUGAAGAUGUUGUAAUGCUUGAGAAGGGAGAUGUUUCUGGCCAUGCUAAACCAGAAAAUAACCAUGAUCAGAACCCCAAACAUGGACCAGGGGAAGAGAAGCAUACAUGCUCUAAUGAAAAUACGAAAUUAAAUGCCAAACAGUCCAAUGACCUUUGUGAUCUGGCAGAUAGUUUGGAUUAUGGAUUCAUGGAGGAAAAGUUUGGCACAGUUUCUCAAACAGGAAGUGUUCCGGGUUCACAACCGCCAAAAGUUACAAAACCCAUUUCGAUUGGGACAAAUGUGGCCGCUAAAUCUAGUGUACCCUCUGGGGAUCUUGAGAUCAGUGUUCCUGUACUGGACAAGUCAAAGUCCUGCAGAACUUAUGCAACAAGGCAGAAGAUCAAGAAAGUCUCCAACUGGAUGUACAAUUUGCCACCAAGUGUAGGAAAGAAUUCCGUAAAUUCUGGCUGUACUUCAGAACCCAGUGUUUCUACAGGUGCAUUAAAAAAAAGUGAUUUGGCCUUGGAAGGUAAUGUGGAGUCUGAGUUGACAACAAAACGCCCCCUUCUGGCAAGGAGGAUAUUCAAGAGCAGACAGCUGUGUGCUGUCAAAAGAUCAACGCCGCCCAGAGAGGAAAUCACAGACCCUAGUGCUGAAGAUGAUCCUUACGUGUUCAAAUCUAGCCAGAGAACUCCGAAAAGAGGGAAGAACCAAAAAGGCCGAAAGGGAGGGAAGAGGGCUUCAAGAGGAAGAGUGAAGCAAAGGGCAAAGGAUAGAAAGCCCCAGCUGUGUGUUGUUCAGAUGGAAAAGACAGAUGCUUCUGUGACAUCAGAUAAUCAAGCUACAACUCCUCAAGUGGUCUUGGAAACACAACCGUUUGAGAUAAAUGGCAACCCUGAUGAGGAUGUAUUAAAUGGUGAAGAGGAAUGCGAAUCCAUGCAGAUCCGCAGGCAAACAUCUGAUAAAGUUUCUCCAAAAGCGAUGGGCGAAGUGGGUGGAGCGGUUUCAGGUGAAGUUUCAGGGGUGAGUGACAGUGAUUCCGCGGUAAUUCCUCCUAGUGUGUUUGUACCGCCACAGAGAAGAGUGCUGAGAUCAUCUAGGCCGCAGCAACCACUGAUACUUAACACUGAUUCUUGUGCUGAGGGUAAGAAGAUGGGAAAGCAGAGGAAAAACAGAAAACUGGAAGUUGAAGCAAAGAAGCAAGCUGAUCAGAGAGAUAUGGAUAAGCUGAUUUCAAAGAUUAGCCAGGCUGAGAGUUUUGAAUUAUUAUUCUCCAGUCAGGAUGUUCACAAGCAGAUGACUGCAGAGACCAGAAAAAAAUCACAAAGAUCUACCGAGGACAGAGCUGUUCAAGAGUCUGAGGCAUCCGAUGAAGGUGGAAGUAGUUCUCAAGACAUAAUUAAAGAUACACUUGAAACAAAUGCUCAGUUAGAAUCAACUAAAGGCCCAGGGGAUCCCAAAACAAAAUGUUCUUCAGUGCCACCAAAAAAAGUGAUAUCGUACGAAUUGCCAUCAAUAGCUUCCAGGCAGUCUGCUUCUAGCCCCAAGAAUCUGACGCACAUUUUGCCCUCAGCAGAUGUAAUUGCUCCUACUUUAUCCAAAAUGGGGAAAUUGCUCAAGUCCGUACAGGUUAAACGAAAAACACCCUCUACUUCUGCCAGCCCAGAUUUACUGUCUAAACGCCCCGCAGUAUCUGAUUUUGUAGGGGAGACCUCUGAAGACAGUAGCGUUUCCAUCAUUUCACCCACUGGGCAGCCAGGCCAAUUAGCUAAAGCAUCAACCCCACCCACACAGGUCAGUCCAUCAAAUCAAACUGGUGAAGUUUACCACAGUUCUGGGGUCUAUUCAAAAGUAGCCGAGGAUGAAAACAAACCGGUUCCAUCCUCAUACAAUAUGCAGAAACCAACAAAUCUUCAAGAUGCAACAGAAGCCCCAGCAACCAGCCCAGGAUUGUUGUUUUGUACCGAAGACAGUGAUAGCAGCUCCACAGAGGACUUGGACAUCCACCCAACCUCUGAUGAGUACGCCAUACCCGCACUAGGCAAUGUCCAUACAAUGUCUACGAAAAGUGUGGCAGAGACAUCAAGCCAGUGGUUACCUGCUGUUGAAGAAGCCAUUGUGGAUGAGGAUACAUCCACAGAAGCUCAGGAAAUACCCCAUCUCAGUUCUCAUCCUGUAACAGAUGUGAGUACAAGAUUGGAGCAAGACACUGCUGCAGUGCAGUCUGGCAUUCAUCAGGGUGGCAUCCGUGAUGAUGCACAAGGAAAAGUGGACUCCAUUCAAAGUGUUUCAGAAAACUGUGUUCCGGAAAGCCCUCUGGUGCUAGAUGGGGAUUCUGCUCCAAAUCACCCAACCCCUACACAUGAGAAUUCGACACCAGUAGUUGGGACAGAUUCUGUUGAUCUGGGUGCCACAGCUGAUAAAUUGAAGACAAAGAAUGAUGAUGACUUUCUGCAAACUGGGAAUGUUGCAGUAGCUGAAGACAGUCCAAAAGAAGUUCACUAUGCCUGUGUUGGCCAGGAUGGCAGAGGGACGGAAAUGGAAGAUAAAAGAAAUGAAAACAGGGAUAUGGACACGCCAGUUGGAGAAGCAACUGUAGCCAUUAAAUCUCAGUCAGAUGAUGGUAGUGCUAGGAACACUCAAGAAUUGAAGUCUGGAGACAACAUUUUUGACUCUGACGUGGACUUACGUUUAGUUUCAGAAAGCUGUGGUGGAAGUCUGUCCAAAUCUUGUCAUGAAAUGGAAAGCCUUACCGUUGUCCCACUAUCACUCGUGGAGGGUUUAGAUGAGGAGCCAAAAUUGAAGCAGGUAUCACUGGAGAACAAGUCUACUGGUUCAGUUGUAGGUGUGCAGUCCAGUACUGGCCACUCAGACUCAAGCCCUAAAAACACACAUCAGAAGAUGUCCAGUGCUGUGGUAGAAAGUAGUUCAGGCUUUGUUUCUGUCACUCCUGGAGCCUCGGUUGAGGUAGUACAUCCAAUACGCACAAGUUUUAACUGUGCAAGAAAUGCUUUGUCCAAGACGACCACAGAUGAGACAGCCAGUCCUAAGUCUGCGGAAUUCCCUGUCAUUCUGCCUCUGUCUGAUGAUAGACCAUUGUGUUCCAUGAGAACAAAGUCAUUCAGAAGGAGAUCUCCAAGAGUGUCUUACGAAAACCUCGCUCUUUUUUCUCAAUCCCCGACUCAACUGAAGUCUGGUGCAAGUAACUCUGAUACCACAAUACCUCAGUCCCUGGACGAUUGUGCAUUUCAGGAAGGCUCAGGUGAUAAACCUCAAUCAAAUAAUUCAGAGCCGUUGGCCAGUGGCGUGGUGAAUGAAAAUCCUGAUUGGAGUCAAAAUAAAAGCUUGCCAUCGGAUACUGCUAAAGAUAAAGAUGAACCUGCAGAUCCACAAGCAACAUUGUCUCCACAGAAAGAAGAUGAGGGCCUGAACGACAAUGCUGUUGACACCUGCACAGAAGAAACUUUGCCCCCCAGUAUGGAUCUGGACGAUUUGAGUGGCAGUGGGAUUCACCCUUCGUCCGUGACCGAACCUCAGUCCUCUGUCGUCCUGGUACAGGACAGCGCUAGGGUCAUUCCAUGCAGUUUAGAACCCCCAGUUUCCAGUGCGCAAGUAUCCGUCAUGAGGCCUUCUAGGAAAAGAACUCGUAGAUCUGCAAAACAGGAAGCUAAAAAUUCUGAUUCUGAUUCAGAACUGAAGGAGGAAGAACCCCUCAUUCGCAGGGUGAAGCGCACAAGGAGCCAACGAAAUCUGGUAAAUGGUUCAGGAAGUUUUCUGUCCGAUUCCAGUAUCUCUCAGUCCAUUCUUACUGAACCAAAGACAAAAGCUCAAGGUAAAAGUCAAACUGCAGAAAACCCUCCAGAGCCAACACAGAUCUGUGAGGAUACUCUGAGAGAACAGUCCCCAGAGAGUAGAACAUCUUCUGCUAAAACCAAGGGCGCUCAUCUUGAUGAUUCCCUGGUGCUGAUCAAGAAUCUGGUCAAGACACAGGCUUUGAAAGCCAAGAUGAGCAAAGGCAAGGUUGAUAGUCCCAGCAGCUCUGUUGUGGGAAGACCUUGUCAGAACACAUGUACUGCGUCUCAAUGUCCAGACAAGGUGAAAAAAUUUACACCAGCAGUGGUGUGUGAUCAUGAAGAAGAUUUUGGAGAAGGUCGUAAAGGGAAGGAAGAUGAUCUCCGAGUUUUGAGAAGCUCAGCCCAGCCGAGAGAUGAUGACAGUAAAUGUUCUCAGAGAAAUGAGUCGCAGCCAUAUGAAACUGCAAAGGUAGGUACAAGAAAAAAGAAUCGUUUCACUGAUGGUCAGGGUGUGAAGGACACAUGUGACAAUCUUAACGCAGCAACCACAGAGGGUGGAAAACAGUGUUCACCAGAUGUUGUGCUUGGUAGUGGAGAGAUUCCUCACCUUGGUCCUGGACAGUCUCCCGUGGAAGAAGUCUCAGAGAAGUCUGAAAAACUGCGCAGAAGCGGAAGACGUCGACGGGGGAAAGUGAUUAAACCAGUGAUUGUUGACACUGAUUCAGAUUCCGACAGCCCCUUUGAACUCACCGAUGCGGCUGAGAUUGAGGACCAGGAAGAUUUGCCAGAGUUGGAGGUUACCAAGGACCCAAAGCCUGAAUCAAGCCAACAGGCACAGGUGUGCUUUGAUAGAGAGCAGAAUGAGGGAAAUGAUGGGUCCAAGCCAAAAAAGAAACCUGUUCGUCCUGUGAUCAGUGAUGACAGCGAUGAUCCAGAUGAUGAUGAUGAUAUUGUGAAGCCCGGUGAUGCUGAAGGUUAG